AUGAUUACAUUAAAUAUUCACUAUCGUUAUUUAUUAUUCAUACUUUUUAUUAAUCGUAUUUCUGGUCAAAUAUGUGAAAAUAAUAUUGCAGAUUUUUUUUACAAUGUUAAUUUUGCUGGACCAUUUUUUGAUCAAACAGUUUAUACAAUACUAUCAAAUUUUUCUGUAACAACUCCAAAUAAUACACAAAUAUUUACGUUUAUUGUUAAACCUCAAACAAUUUACAAUCGACCGAGUUUUAUUCCAAUAACAGUUAAUAAUCGUACACUUGAUAUGACAUCAAGAAAUAUUAUUGUAACAUCAAGUCAUCCAAGUUUUACUGUUGUUAAUUUAACAAAUGAUUCUUAUGCUCUUGUUACAAAUACUUUUCCUUUGAAUUAUUUUUCAUCUUAUAAUCGUUAUUUAUUUCAAUUAAUUGCAAAACAAACAUUUUCUAAUCGACCACCAGUAACUUCUAUAGCACAAGUUCAAAUAAAUUUAGAAAAUGAUAAUGUUCAUGAUCCCAUUUUUAUUUCCAAUAAUCAAACAUUUUAUAUAAGUAAAACAGCUCAACCGGGUACACAAUUUGGUACGGUUUAUGCUAUGGAUCUUGAUAAUGAUGAAAUACUAUAUUCAAUAAAUUGUAUACAAUUUUGUAUUGAAUCAUUAACGGGUGUUUUAAGACUUGAAAAACCAUUUGAUUCAUCAUCACAAUCUGAAUAUUUUAUUACGGUAACAGCAACAGAUAAUGGUUCAUCUUGUUCAUCACGUCCUUCGUGUCGUAAACGAACAAAGUCAAUCAAUAUUAGAAUUAUUGUAACUACAGUUAAUAAAAAUUCACCACGAUUUUUAAAUCAAUUGUGUGGUAAAAAUAUAUCAUUUGAUGAAAAUAAUACAAUUGGAAAAGAGAUUGUAACAUUAAUUGUAUUAGAUAAUGAUCGAGGAGAAAAUGGAUUGAUUUACAUAUCAUUUCCAUCUGAAGAAUUACGAACAACAAUAAGUGGUUUAAGAAAUACAGCUUAUUCUCAGUUUUAUAUUGAACAAUUGGAUCAAACUAAUACAACUCGUACGGCUAUACUUAAAACGAAUGAAAUAUUUGAUUACGAUAAACCAGGUGCUACUCGUGUUUGGUAUUUAUUUAUAUUAGCUAGUGAUAAUGGUAAACCUCAACGACAAACAUUUUGUAGUUUACGUAUUAAUUUACAUGAUGUAAAUGAUAAUGCACCAGUAUUUAUAAUGACAUCAUGGAAUUAUACAAUAUAUCGUUCAUCGAUUAAUACAACAAAUAUUCGUUUUUUACGUAUAAUUGCAUCAGAUGCUGAUUCUGGUUUAAAUGGUAUGAUUAAUUAUUAUAUUGGAACAGUUAAUGUUCCAUAUUUUUCAAUAAGUCGUACAACAGGAACAAUUAAAUUUCGUCAGAAUAUUUUCGGAUUGUCUUAUUUAAAUAUUAGUCGUUUUCCAAUAACAUUUUAUGUUUAUGCACAAGAUCGUGGUACACCACCAUUAAUUAGUAAAAAUAAUGCAACUGUAACUAUUUAUUUUAAUGAUAAUGAUGAACCACCAGUAGCAAGAUGGCUUGAUACACAUUAUGAAGAAUUAUACAUUUCAAUAACAGAAAAAUUUUAUGAAAUUUAUCGAAAUCAACCAAUAUUUGAUUAUAAUUAUGGUUUUAAUGGAUCUAUUAUGUAUGAAUUAACAUCACAAACAUCAUCUAUUAUGACUGUCAGUAGUCCAUUUCUUGAUAAUACAAAUAUACCAUUUCGUGAUAUACCUGUUGUAAAAAAUGGACGAAUAUUUACAAGUGGUAUUACUGUUACUAGUGGUCUUCAUGCUGAAAUUCAAAAUGUUUAUUUUCUUUAUAUUCGUGUUCUUGUUAAUCCACCAUUAAUUGGUUCAAUAACAAUACAAUUAAAAGAUGAAAAUGAUCAAAUUCCAACAUUUGAUAUACGUUCAAUGGUUUUAAGUGUUAUUGAAAAAGAAUAUGGAAAUCGUACAAUUGCACAAAUUCAAGCAUUUGAUCGUGAUAUUGAUUAUCAAAAUAAUUAUGUUCAAUAUCGUUUAAAUGAAUUGUUAAGUGAUAAUGAAGCUAUUGAACAUUUUCAUGUUGAAUUUGAUGGUACAAUAUGGACAAAUACAAUAUUUGGAGAAGAAACUAAUAAAACAUUUUAUCGUUUAUUUAUUACAGCAUAUAAUGAUAUACCAGCAUGGAAUUCACUAACACAAAAUACACAAGAUUUUCAGCUUGAUAUUCAAGUUAUAAGUAUUAAUGAUAAACGACCAGUUUUUAAUAAUGGAUUAACAUUGAUAAAUAUUUUAAUAAAUGAAACAACAGUUAUUGGUACAAAUAUUCAUAAUUUAACAAUAAUUGAUUUAGAUAUUGAUACUAAUCUUAAUUUAGGAAUAUUAAAUGGAAAUUUUCGAAAUACUUUUAUAUUUACUUUAUUAACAGAUAAUUCAAAUAAUUUAACGCGUACACAAUAUGAAGCUAUAGGACAAUUAAAAGUUAUUUCACCAUUAGAUUAUGAAUUAAUAUCAGAUUAUAGACUUAUUUUAUUUGCAUUUGAUACAAAAAAUAUAGCAACAAUUAAUGUCAUAGUUAAAUUACAACCACAAAAUACAAAAGCACCUUAUUUUGAUUUAAUGCCUGGUAUUACUUCUUAUCAAUAUCAAGUAUUUGAAGAAACUUCGUAUUCAAUACUCGAUGAACCUUUUAUUCAAGCAAUUGAUCCUGAUAAUCCAAAGUCACCUCUUCAUUAUGAAAUUUAUGAUACUAAUUAUCGAUUAAAUUUAAAUAAUUUAUUUCUAAAUGAAAUAAAUAAUCAUAUUACAAUUGGUAUUAAAUCACCUGGUCUUUCUCGUGAUUUACCAUUUGGUGAUUCUAUAUAUAAUUUUGCAAUACAUGUUAUUGAUGAAGAUGGAUUAGGUGUAUCAAGUUAUAUACCAGUUAGUAUUAAAGUAAUUGAUGUAAAUAAUAAAGCACCAAUACCAACGAAUUUUCCAUGGAUUUUAAAAGAAGGUAUCAAUUCAAAUAUUGAAGUUAUUUUUGAAGAUUAUGAUGAUCCAAAAGAAAAUAAUACAGUUCCUUAUACAAUUAAAAUUGUUCCUCCAUCAAAUUUUAAAUUUAUUGGUCCAACAAUAAACUUCAAUGGAUCUUAUCAAUUGAUAUAUAAUGGUAUUUUAAAUCGUACAUUAACAAAAAAUUUAACUGUGACAUUUAAUGCAAGUGAUAAUAAAGGUUUUUCUAGAAUAACAACAAUUCCAAUUAUAAUUCGUGAUGAAUUAAAUAUAUAUCCAAUAUCAAAUGGUUCUAAAAUGAUUAAAGUUAUUUAUAUAAAUGAUUAUCAAAAUUCAUUACGUAAUAUUGAUCUUGGUUCAAUUUAUGUUAAUGAUUUAAAUGAUUGGUUUCGUGCUGAUAGAAUUUAUUCAAUAAAAUAUGUUAGUAAUGGACAAAUAUUUAAUGUUUUACAAGGAUUUUUACGUACAUCAGAAGUAUUAUAUCCAGGAUCUUAUACAAUAUAUGUUGAUGUUACAAAACCUAAUAUAGGAUUAUCAGCUUUAAGUACAAUUUAUCUUGAAGUAGAAACUAUGAAUAGUGAAUAUGUUCGACAAGCAGCAACAAUUCGUAUUCAAGGUGAAUAUCCUGAAACUUUAAUUGAUCCAACACUUGGUUAUCCUCUUAAUAAACUUCAAAAUGCAAUUUCAUCAUUAUUAUCUGUUACUAUUAAUUCAAUAAAAAUACUUGCAAUACGUUCUGUAUAUCAAUAUCGAAGUCUAUAUUAUCCACCAAAACCUUUUGAACUAGAUAAAAAUGAAACAUUAACUGAUGUUAUAUUUUAUGUACCAAUUUUUAAUAAAUUUGAAAUUGAACAGAUACUCAAUACAAAUCUUAAUCUAUUUGAAUCACGUUUUCAAAUAAAAGCAAUAGCUAGUGGACCAAAUCCUUGUAACAAUUAUGUUUGUCCUAUGGGUACAAGUUGUCGACCAACACGAACUAUUCAACCAAAACCUUUUACUAUUGAUACAAAUUUAACAUCAUUCGUUGGUAUUAAUAUUCUUGAUUCAGCUGAUUGUAUAAAUUCUACUUAUACUGUUAAUUUAAGAAAUAAACCAAAUGAAUGUAUAACUUCUACAUUUAAUAAUUUAACAUAUUGUUCAUCAAUAUCAUUAUUAUCAUAUGGUUCAAUAGGACCAUGUUGUGAAAUACUUGGACGAACAUUUAAUGGAAAUGAUGGUGGAUAUGCAAUAUAUGCUGGUACAAGUUUUUCUCAUAUAGCUCCAGCACGUUUUUCAUUUGAUUUUAUUGUACGAUCACAAAUAGUUGAUAGUUUAAUUUUAUUAUAUGGACGAAAUUCAUCACCAAUAAAUGAUUUUUUUUGGAUAGCAAUUGAAAUUUAUCAAAAACGAUUAAGAUUUCAUUUUCGAAAUACAAUAUUUGAUACAGAUAAAACUCUAUUGAAUCCAUCAACAUGGUAUCAUGUUGAAUGCCAGUUUAUUGAUUCGAUUGUUCUUAUAUCAAUUAAUGAUUGUCUAUAUGAUUUACAGUUAGUAAAUAAUACUUUAAAUAUAUAUGAUCUAUCAACUGUUAAAUUAUAUCUUGGUGGUUUACCUAUAAUUGAUUCAUUUGUAUCUAGUCUUUAUCCAAUAUUACCAUCAAUAAAUACAUUUAAUGGUUGUAUACGUAAUGUUUUAUCAAAUGGUUAUUAUCUUGAUAUGUCUAAGGAUUUAUCAUCAAUGAACUCUAAUUAUGGUGAAUGUCCAUGUUCAAUUACAAAUUCAUGUAUUACAAGAAAAUAUGUUAGAGAUAUUAUAAUACCUUGGUAUAUAUGGUUAAUUUUUGUACUUGUUUUAUUACUAUUAGCAAUAAUAUUUACAAUAUUUUUAUUGAUAUUUACAAGAAAAAGAAAACAAUUAAAAGCAUUACAAGAAUUAUAUACGAAUGAUAGAAGAGAUAAUAUUAUUAAUUAUAAAGAGACUGCCGGCGAAGAAGAUCAUUCGAGAUAUAACUUACGUGUACUAAAAAAACCAAUAUAUGAUUUACGAGAUAGUAAUAUUAUAUCCAAUAAUGGUCCAUCGAAUUAUAAUAAUUCAAGGAUUUAUCAUCGACCAUCACUUAGUAAUUAUAUUGAGAAAAAACUUAAUGAACAAGUCAUAUCAUAUGUAAAUGAUACAAAAUUACAUUAUCAAUAUGAAGGUGAAAAUUCAAUAGCAUUAGAUUUAAGUUCUAUUGAAUCUUUAUCUUUAAAAGAUGAAAAUGAUUAUAGAUUUUUUUAUUCAUAA